AUGGUUAGAUUAGACGAGGGAUUAGAAUAAUUUAAUUCAUAUAUUCAGAAAAAUUGUGGAAAUACAGAUAAUUAAUAAUAGAAAGGUAGAGUUAACUUUUAAUAUUUUUAUAGUUGAUGAGUUAAUUGAAAGCUAUAGAUUGGAAGAAGCAUUAGAAUAUUAUAAUUUAGAUAUUGAGAAACACCCUGAAAAUUCAGCCUAUAUUCAGAAUCAAGGUAUACUAACUCUGCUUAUUGCUUAGCUAUCAUCUUAUUUAAAAUGAAUAGGGUUAAAGAAGCAUUUAAAUAUUAUAAUUAGGCUCGUUAGUUCGAUCCUAAAUAUCUAACCUAUAAUUAUAACGAAGGUAUACUUUAUUCGGCAUAUUUACAAAGCGGUUUCUUUAGUGAAAAUGAAUAGUUUGUGUGAAGCGUUAGAAUACUUUAACUUUGCUAUAUAGAAUAAUCCUGGAAAUGAAGAAUGUUACAAUUAUAAAGGUAAAUUAACUCUGCAUUUCCUUAGCGAGUAUUUUAGAUGAAAUGGGUAGAUUUGAAGAGGCGCUGAAAAAUUAUGAUUUAGCCAUUUAGAAAAAUCCUCAAAAUUCACAUUUUUAUAGUAAUAAAUGUAUACAUAAUUUUUUAUUUUAUAUAGCAAACACUUUACGGAAAAUGAAUAGAUUGAAAGAAGCAUUUGAAUAUAAUAAUAUCUCUAUUUAAAUAAACCCUGAAAAUUCAGUAUAUUAUUACCAUUAAGGUAAAGUAAUCUUUCCAUAUUUUCUUAGCCAUCACCUUAGAAUUAAUGGGGAGACUGAAUGAGGCAUUAGAAUUUUGUGAAUUUGCUAUUAAUAAGAACCCUAAAAAUUCCGAAUAUUUAGGAUAUAAAGGUAUGAUAAGUUCAGUUUAUCUUCUUAGCUAACAUUCUAAGUAAAAUGAAUAGAAGGGGAGAUGCAUUGAAAUAUUAUCGUUUGGCUAUUUAAUUAAACCCUGAAAAUCCAAAAUAUUAUCAUGACUAAGGUAGAGUUAGUUCUUUAAUUUUUUAGCUAUCAACUUAUUAGAAAUGGGGAGAUUGGUCGAAGCAUUGCUAAAUCUAGAUUCAGCUAUAAUGAGAGAUCCAGAAAAAGAUAAGUAUUACAAUAACAAAGGUAAUAUUAAAUUUUAUCNUCUUUAAUUAAUAUUAAAACAAUCACCAUUUUUCUAUUACUAAGAUAAUAAAAUAAUAAAAAAGAUGAAGCAAUUCUGUCAAGAUUACCAAAAUAACUAGAUAUAUUAAUAAGUAAUAGAAAGGUGCAAUAAAUUAUUUUUGGUAACUUAUUAGUAAUUAUAAUACUUCCAUAUUAAUUUAUUAAUAAAAUCAAAGAAAGCUUAUAGAAAGGGUGUCAUUUCUUCGAAAUAAACGAAAUGGUAAGAUUUAAGACUGCAUUCAAUAUAAAAUAAUUAAAAGAAUUUAACAAUUAAUAAAAGCGUAGAUAAAAAGAAGAUACAAUAUAAAUAUAUAUCAAAUGGUUAGAUUAGACGAGGGAUUAGAAUAAUUUAAUUCAUAUAUUCAGAAAAAUUGUGGAAAUACAGAUAAUUAAUAAUAGAAAGGUAGAGUUAACUUUUAAUAUUUUUAUAGUUGAUGAGUUAAUUGAAAGCUAUAGAUUGGAAGAAGCAUUAGAAUAUUAUAAUUUAGAUAUUGAGAAACACCCUGAAAAUUCAGCCUAUAUUCAGAAUCAAGGUAUACUAACUCUGCUUAUUGCUUAGCUAUCAUCUUAUUUAAAAUGAAUAGGGUUAAAGAAGCAUUUAAAUAUUAUAAUUAGGCUCGUUAGUUCGAUCCUAAAUAUCUAACCUAUAAUUAUAACGAAGGUAUACUUUAUUCGGCAUAUUUACAAAGCGGUUUCUUUAGUGAAAAUGAAUAGUUUGUGUGAAGCGUUAGAAUACUUUAACUUUGCUAUAUAGAAUAAUCCUGGAAAUGAAGAAUGUUACAAUUAUAAAGGUAAAUUAACUCUGCAUUUCCUUAGCGAGUAUUUUAGAUGAAAUGGGUAGAUUUGAAGAGGCGCUGAAAAAUUAUGAUUUAGCCAUUUAGAAAAAUCCUCAAAAUUCACAUUUUUAUAGUAAUAAAUGUAUACAUAAUUUUUUAUUUUAUAUAGCAAACACUUUACGGAAAAUGAAUAGAUUGAAAGAAGCAUUUGAAUAUAAUAAUAUCUCUAUUUAAAUAAACCCUGAAAAUUCAGUAUAUUAUUACCAUUAAGGUAAAGUAAUCUUUCCAUAUUUUCUUAGCCAUCACCUUAGAAUUAAUGGGGAGACUGAAUGAGGCAUUAGAAUUUUGUGAAUUUGCUAUUAAUAAGAACCCUAAAAAUUCCGAAUAUUUAGGAUAUAAAGGUAUGAUAAGUUCAGUUUAUCUUCUUAGCUAACAUUCUAAGUAAAAUGAAUAGAAGGGGAGAUGCAUUGAAAUAUUAUCGUUUGGCUAUUUAAUUAAACCCUGAAAAUCCAAAAUAUUAUCAUGACUAAGGUAGAGUUAGUUCUUUAAUUUUUUAGCUAUCAACUUAUUAGAAAUGGGGAGAUUGGUCGAAGCAUUGCUAAAUCUAGAUUCAGCUAUAAUGAGAGAUCCAGAAAAAGAUAAGUAUUACAAUAACAAAGGUAAUAUUAAAUUUUAUCUUUAAAUAGCUGCUAUUUUACAAAGAAUGAACAAACCAGAUGAAGCAUUAGGAAAUAAUGAUUUGGCUAUUUAGAAAAACCCUGAAAAUCCAGACUAUUAUUUCAACAAAGGUUGAUUUAUUUCUGUAUAUUUAAAAAGCUACCACUUUAGUAUAAUUGAAUAGAUUAGUAGAAGCUUUGGAAUAUUAUGAUAUAGCAAUUUAAAAAAACCCUGAAAAUGCAGAUUAUUAUUUCAGCAAAGGUUGAGUUACCAUAUAUUUAAAAGCGACUACAUUAGAUUAAUUGAAUAAAUUAGAAGAAGCGUUAACAUAUUAUGACUUUUCUAUUGGUAAAAACCAUAAAAAUUCGAACUAUUAUGAACAUAAAGGUACUAUUAAUGUUUAUAUAGCGAUAACUUUAAAGAAGUUGAAUAGAUAGGAAGAAGCAUUGAAUUAUUAUAAUUAAGCUAUUUAGAUAAACCCGAAAAAUUCCCACUAUUAUAAUAAUAAAGGUAUAUUAACUUUUCUGAUAUCCAUAGCGAUUGCCUUAUUUUAACUGAAUAGAUUUGAAGAAGCAUUAGAAUAAUAUGAAUUAGCUAUUAAGGAAGACCCUCAAAAUUCAGAAUAUUUUUCAAACAAAUGUAAACUUAACUUUGGAUAUUUACAAAGCGUCUACCUUAUAUAGCAUGAAUAGAUUUGAAGAGGCACUAUAAGGUUAUGAAUAAGCCAUCUAGAUUAACCCUGAAAAUUCAGCCUAUUUUAACUCUAAAGGUAUAUUAACUUUGUAUUUGUACACAGCGAUUACUUUAGAUAAAUUGAAUAGAUUAGAAGAAGCAUUGUAAUAUCACGAUUUUGCUAUUGAGAGAAACUCUGAAAAUUCUGAGUAUUUUAAUAAAAAAGGUAUAUUAAUGUUAAUUUGUACAAAGCGGCUACUUUAGUUAAAUUGAAUAGAUUAGAAGAAGCAUUAUAAUAUUAUGAUUUAGCGAUAGAAAAAAACCCUGAAAAUCCUGAGUAUUUUAAUGAAAAAGGUAUAUUAACUUUAUAUUUGCACACAGCGUAUACUUUAUGCAAUAUGAAUAGAAUUGAAGAAGCAUUAAAAUAUCAUGAUUAAGCGAUUUUGAUAAGCCCUGAGAAAUCAGAAUAUUACUAUUAUAAAGGUAUAAAUAACUUUGAAUGCUUAUAUAGCUAAUACAUUAACAUAAAUUAAUGAAUAUGAAGAAGCAUUGAAAUUUUAUGAUUUAUCCAUAAUGUUAAACCCUUAAAAUUCUGAGUAUUUUAAUAAAAAAGGUAUAUUAACUUUUUAUCUGCAAACAGCUACUACUUUAGAUAGAUUGAAUAGAUUAGAUGAAGCAUUAUCAAAUUAUGAUUAGGCAAUUUCGAAAAACAGGACUAAUUCUGAGUAUUUUGAUAAUAAAGGUAACAACCUGUUUUCAUUAUAAACAGCGGCUAUUUUAGAUAAAAUGAAUAAAUUUGAGGAGGCUUUGGAAAAUUCAGAUUUAGCAAUAAAAUAUGACCCUCAAAAUUCUAAAUAUUAUUAUGGCAAAGGUAUAAUUAACUUUGAAUAUUAAACAGCGGCUACUUUAUGUUAAAUGAAUAGACUUGAGGAAGCAUCAGAAUAUUAUAAACUUGCUAUUAAUAAAAACCCUGAAAAUUCAGAAUAUUAUUAUUCUUAAGGUAUAAUUAACUUUGAAUAUUUACAUAGCGAUUAAUUUAUUUUAAAUGAAUAAAAUUUAGGAAUCAUAAAAUUAUUUUGAUAAGGCCAUUAGUCUAGAUCCUAAAAUUUCAGAUUAUUAUUUUGGCAAAGGUGUAUUUAACUAUGUAUAUUUCUUAGCGAUUGCUCUAAGUUAAAUGAAUAAUUUUGAAGAAACAAUACAUUCUUGCUUUUUGAUCAAUCAAACAAGGCCAAAAAAAAAAGAUUAUAAAAAUUUUGAAGGUAAAAUUACUCUAAAUUUUUAAUAGCCAUUGCUCUAAAUUAAUUGGAUAAAUUGAGAGAAAUAUUGAAAUUUUUUAAUUCUGCAAUUAGUAUAAACCCUUAAAAUUAAUUGUAUCAAGAUUUUUAAAGUAAAAUUAAUUUUGAAUAUUUAAAUAGAGUAGAUGUUAGAUAAAAAGAAUCGUUUGGAUAUAGCAAUUUAAUAUUUGAACAGUCGUUAAUUUAAUAAGUUAUGA